AUGGGCUCGGAAAAGACGCUGCUCCAGCAGCAGCCCUCGCCGCGCGGCGGUCGAGGCAAAUCUCCUGCGCGAUCCAAGAAUCAGAAAUCUCACGCCCGCGACUACACCUCCGAGGGCGUGAAGGACAAUGACAUUUCCAAGCUGCCCGGCUCCGACUGGCAGCUGCUCGGACUGCUCACGCUGGUCGCUGCCGGCGUGCGUCUUUUCCGCAUCUACCAGCCUGGCAGCGUUGUCUUCGACGAGGUCCACUUCGGUGGCUUCGCCUCCAAGUACAUCAAGGGCAAGUUCUUCAUGGACGUACACCCGCCGCUUGCGAAGCUUCUCAUCACCUUGGCUGGAUGGCUGGCCGGAUUCGACGGCGACUUCGAUUUCAAGGACAUUGGCAAGGACUACAUCGAGCCCAAGGUUCCGUACGUGGCUAUGCGUCUCCUUCCAGCGAUUCUGGGAGUCAUGACCAUCCCCACUAUGUUCCUGACUCUCAAGGCUUAUGGCGCUCAAACCAACAUUGCCGCACUUGGUGCCGGUCUCCUCAUUUUUGAGAAUGGCUUUGUCACCCAGUCCCGCCUUAUUCUCCUGGACUCUCCCUUGGUCAUCUUUACCGCUUUCACCGCACUCAACUGGACUCUCUUUAUGAACCAGCACGAACAAGGACCUUCCAAGGCUUUCAAGCCUGCCUGGUGGACAUACCUUGUUCUGACUGGUCUGGGUUUGGGAGCCACGGCCAGCGUGAAGUGGGUUGGCUUGUUCACAAUUGCUUGGGUGGGAAGCUUGACCAUCCUUCAAUUGUGGGUCCUUCUCGGUGACCCGAAGAAUGUUACUCCGCGCCUCUGGUUCAAGCACUUCUUCGCCCGCUUCUUCUGCCUUGUGAUCAUUCCCGUCGGCUUCUACGUUGGAAUGUUCGCGAUCCACUUCCUGUGCUUGGUCAACCCCGGUGAGGGCGACGGCUUCAUGUCUUCGGAAUUCCAGGCUACCCUGAACAACAAGGGUAUGGCUGACGUUGCUGCCGAUGUCGCGUUUGGCAGCAGGAUCACUCUCCGUCACCACAACACCCAGGGUGGUUACCUGCACUCUCACGCCCACAUGUACCCCACCGGAAGCAACCAGCAGCAGAUUACCCUGUACCCGCACAAGGAUGAGAACAACAUCUGGCUGCUUGAGAACCAGACACAGCCUGUGCUUCCUGACAACACCACAAUUCCCGGACCCGCUGCUUGGGAUGCCCUGGAUCCUACCUGGGUUGAGGAUGGCGCUAUCAUUAAGCUCUACCACAUUACCACCGAUCGCCGUCUCCACUCUCACGAUGUCCGCCCUCCGGUCUCUGAGGCCGAUUGGCAGAACGAGGUUUCCGCGUACGGUUACGAAGGUUUUGAGGGCGACGCCAACGACCUGUUCAAGGUCGAAAUUGUUCCCUGGUUGUCCGAAGGAGAGAAGGCCAAGAAGCGGGUUCGCACGAUUCAGACGAAAUUCAAGCUUGUCCACAUCAUGACGGGCUGUACGCUUUUCUCGCACAAGGUCAAGCUUCCCGAUUGGGGAUUUGAGCAGCAGGAAGUCACUUGUGCCCGCGGUGGUACUCUUCCUAACAGCAUCUGGUAUAUCGAGUCGAACGACCACCCCAAGCUCGGCCCUGAUGCCGAGAAGGUCAACUACAGAAACCCCGGCUUCUUCGGCAAGUUCUGGGAGCUCCAGAAGGUCAUGUGGAAGACGAACGCUGGCCUUACUGAAUCUCAUGCGUGGGACUCUCGUCCUCCGUCCUGGCCCAUUCUUAAGCGUGGUAUCAACUUCUGGGGUCAAAACCACCGCCAGAUCUACCUCAUUGGCAACCCUCUGAUUUGGUGGUCUUCUACCGCCGCUGUUGUCGCUUACCUCAUCGUCAAGGCGCUUGCAGUUGUUCGCUGGCAGCGUGGAUUCAAGGACUACAGCAGCGUCACGUUCAAGCGCUUCGACUAUGAAGUCGGCAUGACGCUCCUCGGCUGGUUCUUCCACUACUUCCCCUUCUACCUCAUGCAACGCCAGCUGUUCCUGCACCACUAUUUCCCUGCUCUGUACUUCGCCAUCAUGGCUCUUUGCCAGAUCUACGACUUCGUGACGAACCGCUUCUCUGGACUUGGUCUGAAGCAGCGUCCUGUUAUCGGACAAACCGGCGCCGUUCUUUUCCUUGCUGCCUCCAUCACUGUCUUCACCCUCUAUGCUCCGCUAGCAUACGGUAAUGCCUGGACCCAGGACCAGUGCAAGGCUGUCAAGUUGUUCGACAAGUGGGACUGGGAUUGCAACACUUUCCAUACUUCGUAUGAUCAAUAUGGACCUUUGUGGGUGCCGAAGCCUUCGAGCACCCCUGUUGCCGAGGCACCUGCGGAUCAGCAGGAGCAACCUCAGGAGCAAAAGGUCACUCCCCAGGCUGACAACGCCAACGCAAACAUCAUCGCUCGCGAGGAGAAGGUUGAGUACCGCGACGAGCAAGGUAACAUCCUCAAUGAGGAGCAAGUCAAGGCGCUCGAGGGCAAGGUCAGCUUCAAGACGCGCUACGAGACGCGGACGCGCGUGGUGGACGCGGCGGGCCAGGAGAUGGAGGGCGAGGGUGUUGCCCCUCCUCACCCUGACGUUCAGGGCCAGAACCCCGAGACGGUGGAGAAGGGCGAGGAUGAGGCUAGCCGUCAGCCGCCGGAGGUGUCCGCCAGCGAUGACGAGGCCAAGGAGUCCAGUGCUGAGGGCAAGGAUAAGGGCGCACCCAAGCCUGCAAGCGAGGCGAAAGAGGCGACCAAGCAGUAA